GAAUCACCUCGUGGGUUGUUUGGGAGGCCCGCCCACAGUAGACAUGGUGGGCAUGAGUCUACUCAGGUCUGCCGCUGCUAUCGCAGCCAGACUGAGUCCUCUGAAAUCUGGCAAUGCUGCGACAAAUUUACUUACUCGAACAAUCCCGCAAACGGAAAAAGUGGCCGUCCGUUGGGGUCAUGGGAAGAAAAUGUUUGUGGUCAAACCAUCUGAGUUCUAUGACAAGCGAUUUCUGCGUCUGUUGCAAUUCUACGUCCUGUUGACGGGUAUUCCGGUGGCCAUCAUUGUGACGUGUGUGAACGUCUUCAUUGGCGAAGCAGAGCUGGUUGAAACUCCUGAAGGUUACGAACCGGAGCACUGGGAGUACUAUAAGCACCCCAUCACCAGGUGGAUCACUCGCUCCUUUUAUGAUUCUCCAGUGAAGGAUUAUGAAAAGAUGAUGGCUGCAAUCCACAUGGAGAAGGAAAAGGCAGACUUGAGGCUGGCAGAGCUGCAGGUGCGCAGACACAUGAGGCAGCGAGGGGAUGGGCCCUGGUACCACAGGGAGACCCUAGACAAGGACCUCAUCGACCACAGCCACAAGUCUUCACCUGACAACUGAACCUGGCCGGUGUCUGCUCAGCCAAACUAAGUACUUGCUGUGGACUUGCUUGUUGUGUAAACAGCGAGAUGCCUUUGAGUCAAUAGAGGUUUCCUUUCUUCUCUCCUUAUUCACCGCAAAUUGCAACCACUCCAAAUAGUCCCUCCCCUUCCGCUACGUCGAGGGUGGUUAGUGUCCAUACUUCUCCACAUCAACGCGCUUAAGCAAGUAAAGACGCAGCCUUUUCUGUCUUUUUUCCCCUAACAGGUGUUGUACUGGCAAAUACUACACUAUAUUGUUCUAGUGGCAAUAACGUGGGCGGCCACUUGGGGGCAGAGCCGAGCUUAAUGACGCGACACGACGACAUUGUUAUUGGAGGUGGGCGAUACUGUAAGUUUUGGUAUCGGUCCAAUACCAAGUAAAUACAGGUGCGAGCCCUGCCGAUGCCGAUACUUUUGUUUUUGUUUUACUUGAAAUUUUUCCAAGAUAAUUUACUGAUUUUGUGACGUUGGCCUUUAAUUUGUUGAUCAUAUAUCUGAAUAAGACACACGACAAAGAAUGUAUGUGUAACCUCACGUAAAAAUAAAUAUGACUUUGAUACCAGAGAUGAGAAUCACA